GUCUGGGCAACCACCGAGACGUUCAACAGACCAGACACAGACCAGGAUGGAAUCUGCGACGACGCUCCUAUGAGAAAGCAUUCCCCGAUCCUGAUGUGUUCGACUCACCUCUUCCCACAGAACAUACGCCCCUUUGAACAUGGCUGUCGCACAUCUACCUCCUUGUGAUGGCUUCACGUAGCACGGACGCGGAGAGACGACGGACCCGGACGAGCGACGAAGAGGACGCUUCAAAGCGAUCACGAGCCCGUGUUUCACGCGCCUGCACCCGCUGUCGAGCCCGCAAAGAUAAGUGCGAUGCGAAGCAACCAGAAUGCACAAAUUGUAUCAAUGCUGGACAACCGUGCUUAUAUGUCGCCGGGAACAAAAAGAGAGGACUACCAGAGGGAUAUGUCCGUGGCCUGGAGAAACUAUGGGCUGUUAUGUUACAGAAAGUGGAUGGGCUAGAUGAUACGGUACGGCGUGUAGUCGACCAGAAUGAGGAAGAGUUGCUACAGAUAUGGAAUCAUCAGAAGAUUGGUGACGAUCUUCACACAGCAUGGAAAGAAUCCAAUGUGCUUGCAGACCUGGAAAAGCUCCUCUCUCGCCUCGAGCAUGGCCCUACAAUCCACCAAAAGCGUAAGCGCGACUGCGAAGACGACAACGAAGCAGCACAGCCUCUGAGCGAUACUCGAAAUGAUAGAGCUGUACUCGCGCCAGAUUUUAAGGUCAUUGAGACGUCAGGAAGUAACGAGCCUGUGAGCAGUCUCAAUAUACGCGAUCUUGGACCUGGCUUUGGAGAGCCUCUGCUUCAGAACAGACCCAGCACUACGAACCCGGAAGAAGUGCCUCUUCCAUCUUCAGCCGCGGGACUUUUAGAUCAGUAUUUCACCUUCACCCACUGUUGGUUUCCCAUCUUGGACAGGCCUUCUACCUUACGAAAGUUCUACGAGCAUACCAGGCUUCAGAAAGGGCAUCGUCUCGACACUGCCGAUCUUGCCUGUAUGUGGGCCGUUUGUGCCUACACCCACCAACAGACCGGCCACCUUUGGUCGGCGCCUGAUGCGAUACCUGGACAAACCGUCACCGAAAUGCGCUCUUUAGCGAGGAAGAUGAUACCAUCCGAGAGUGGCCCUUUCUCGAUUGGUCAUGUUCAGGCUUUGUUGUUACUGGUUCUCCUUGAUAUUGGAAUUGGCGACUGGACCUCCGCCUGGAUGCUAGUGGGCUCUGCUAUACGAGCUUUGCUGAUCUCAAUGGAGCCGGAAUCGGUCUUGUCCAAGAAUCUCAUCGGUCCAUAUUCAGAUUCUGGCGCUACUGGACACGAAGGCACAUCGGCAUCUGGACAUGAAGCCCCUCGUCGGAAGGAGAAGGGUUGGCAGGCAGUUCUACAAGGCUGUUUUAUCUUGGAUACCCUCAUUGCAGUCUGUGUAAAGAGGCCGUCACAUCUUCGGAGUGGUCAUUUGGAUCCUACUCAGCUUCUCGAGGAAGACGGACACGAAGAGUGGGAACCGUGGAAGGCAGCAGCUGGUAAUGAUGGCGCCGAGUCCAGAGAACCAGCUUUUGUGAUCAGUUGCUUCAACCGAUUGACGGAGCUCUGUAUGGUUGCCAGUGAUGCCUUUUGCACCAAAGCCUCUCAGAUGACCAGCGGAAUGCCAAUAAGUCAGCACGUCACAUCAUCACUGGGUUCGCUGAGCGGGGAGUACCCUUUCACAGUCUCGGACGUAAUACGACGCCCACCACAUCAAAUGAUUCUGCAGGCGUGUCAUUUUGCAAUUCAAACGAUUAGCUCUCAAUCAAACGUUGGAGUUCAGCCGGGCCUCAAAUGGAAAUUCAUUGAGAACCUGGAAUUAUUUGAACAUUCGUGGAAUCUCUUCGACAAAUGUGGCGUUCCAUCCAUGCUGAUCCCACUUUGCCAUCUGAUCAAUGCACAAACCAACACGGCCUCAUCGUCCCUGGGCAGUCAUGAUUUGUGGCAGGAAAGGUUGGACCAGAUUCGGUCAAGGUUGUCCUUGAUUUGGCCGGGAGCGAAAUCUUCCAACGAUGGUGGUAUGCGGAUUUCGUCCAAAGGCCGUUAUGAUGGAGCUCCAGUGUUGCCAUCCAACAGUACCCUGCAGACGCCACCAACAUACACCAAUUUUGCGCCCGUUCCAAGCAUUCGCAGAAAUCAAGGAGCAGUAGGAGCUGGCGCAAGGGAGCCGAUCCUCUUUCAAUACCAGGACAUACCUCAAUAUGCAGGUGUACUAGAGGAGUCACAGCCGAAUGAAGCGACAUCCGUGGAUUAUAGUGCUAUGAGUAUCGACCUGCCCGAGGAGAAUUAUGAGGCUAGCGUUGGUCCGAAUUUCACGACGAAAAAAGCCAACAUCUCGGGGUUGGCGACGUCUCCGAGCUUUAACGGAGACGAGAUCGAUGCCUUAUUCCACGAGAUGGCUCAACUGGAUACAACACAAUGGACUGUUGACAGGACCCAAGGGCUCAAGGACUUUGGGUUUGCGGAUGACACCACCUUCGAAGCCUUUUGCAAUGAUCCGGACCGCUUGAUGCUGUCGGAUGGGUACAUGGGUCCUGUUUUCAAUAAUCAUAACAACAUGGCCCCUGGAGGUCAAGCUACCAUAUCGAGCAAUGAUGGUACUCGAAUCGGAAAGAUGACAUUUGACGAUAUUUUCCGAUGAUUAAGGUCGGUGAGAGAGGAGUUCCUAUAUCGCCUGUUGGCUCUCGGGGCCCUACUCUACCUCUUGAGUAGCCUGGCUUCAGAAAUGGUCUACAUAUAACCUGUAGAUUUAUUUCAAGAUACCAUUAACACCGAAGAUCUUCUUUUGGC